AGUUAUUCAAUAUUUUUAAAAUAAAGACGAUAUUUGUGUCAGACCCAUAGCAACGUCUAUAUUUAGUUGUUGCCAUGUGUGUCAUGGGCAUUUUGACCUGAUGGUCAGACGAUCCGACAACAGUCCUUCUGCCUGUAACUUAAGGACACGCCCCUUCGCCGAAUGGAAUGGACCGCGCCAUAACGUAAAGUCUACGUAGGAUAAACAUUUACAUUUUUUAUUAUAUAGGAUUUUACAUAACAUAUAUUAUAACAUAUAUUAUUGUACGUUUAACCCAUGCCAUAAACUAUGACGCGAGAAGAGGAGUUAAUUCGGAUUGCAAAAAAGCUGGACAAGAUGGUGUAUAGAAAUAACACGGAGGGUGCCCUGGACCUGCUGAAUGAACUGAAGAGCUUCAACAUGACGCUGAAACUUUUGCAGGAAACGAGGAUUGGCAUAUCUGUGAAUGGAAUCAGGAAGCACUGCACAGACGACGUGGUCGUUUCCCUGGCCAAGAUCCUCAUCAAGGACUGGAAGAGACUGCUGGAUGCUGCACGUACUCAGAGUACUGAGAGGCCCAAUGAGAUGAAGAAUGGGGUUGACUCCAACAAAUCCACAGGGUCCCCAGUCAGGUCCCCCUUAGAGAAAGACACCAGAAAAUACUCCGAUAGCAAAGUGCCCAAAAGACCAUCUAUUGAUGCCAAGGAAGAAAGAAAGGAUUUGUCAGAUUCCAAACCAAAACCUGCUAAAAGGCAGAGUCUGGACUCGUCAGAUUCCAAACCAAAACGUUCUAAAAGGCCAAGUCUGGAUGGCAAGAAAGACAGGAGGGACUCUAUGGGUUCCAAGACUAGCAGCUCACCCUCAGCUAAGAAGCUCUCUAGUGAGACGAAAGAAUCUCAUGGCUCCAAGUCUUCUCACCCUGGCCCUCUGCAGAGAAAGUCCUCAACGGACAGUAUUGAACGGAGAAAGAAACCAGAUAUGCCAAAGAUCCCCACCACCCCCACCAGUCCCAUGUCCCCCUCCUUCAGCUCAGCAGGGGUUCCCCUGUCCCCUUGCCUGGCCACUGGAGAAAAUAUCAGGGACAAGUGCAUCGAGAUGCUGGCUGCUGCUCUACGCACAGAUGAUAACUUCAAAGAAUUUGGGACAAACUGUGACUCAAUGGCAGCAGAGAUUGAAGAUUAUAUUUACAAGGAGAUGGGAGCCACAGAUAUGAAGUAUAAAAACAGGGUGCGGAGCCGCAUCAGCAACCUGAAGGACCCCAAAAACCCUGGGCUGCGGAGGAACGUCCUGGCUGGAGGCAUCGAGCUCAGACGUGUCGCCAUCAUGUCUGCUGAGGAGAUGGCUAGUGAUGAGCUGAAGCAGCUGAGGAACAAUCUGACUAAGGAGGCCAUUAGGGAACACCAGCUGUCCAAAACCAGCGGUACCAUUUCUGAUCUGUUUCAGUGCAGCAAGUGCAGCAAAAAGAACUGCACCUACAACCAGAUGCAGACCCGCAGCGCUGACGAGCCUAUGACCACUUUUGUUCUCUGUAACGAGUGCGGGAACCGCUGGAAGUUCUGCUGAUGUGGCCCAGCUCCAAUGACGAUGUUGCAGACCACAUUUUUCUAUGAGGGGCAAUAAUGUUUAGCAAUGAGUAAUUUU